GGAUCACUCCGGGUACUGUGCGCCAUGGUGGUCCACGCCCUGGACAGGUUUGGACGGGGGAAGUCAAAUGCUGAUCAUAGCAUAGGAAGACAAGGCACAUCAGUGCUAACAAAAUUAGCUGAAAAGCUAAUAACAACAUUUCAGCAUUAAUACAUUCCAGUCUGAAGAGGCGGAGCGAGCCGGAGACUGUCACUCAACCGGAAACGAAAUCGCACCAAUUUGAAUAUUAAAUACGACCAGAAUUUAACUGAAAUAACAUGAUCAUAUCAAGAUUUUCGGGUGUAAUGACAGAUACCUGCUUCCGUAGCUACAAAAGAGGAACUGAUGACGAGGCCGCUGUUUCUCUACGGGCCACCAAACAAGCCCAUGUCCGGCGGAAAAAGUAAUGCGACCGUGGACGUUUCUCUUUCGCCACCUCCGUAGUUUUGUUGGGUUUUUUUUUUACAGUCGAAUAAAAUGAAUUCGGAAACAGCUUUACUUCUGGAGGCGGUUAAUUUUGCUGCGGAGAAGCAUCGUAAUCAACGGCGCAAGGACCCUGAGGCCACCCCUUACGUUAACCACCCCAUCGGGGUCGCUUUAAUCCUAAGCAGCGCAGGCAUCACAGAUAUUGAGGUGUUGCAGGCUGCGUUGCUUCACGACACAGUGGAGGACACUGACACUACUCUUGCUGAGAUAGAGGCCAAGUUUGGCCCUGUUGUAGCGGGUAUCGUGCAGGAGGUGACGGAUGAUAAGAGUCUGCCUAAGCAAGAGAGGAAGCGUCUACAAGUGGAGCAUGCACCUCAUUGCAGCCAUCAAGCUAAAUUAGUCAAACUGGCAGACAAACUGUACAAUCUUCGUGAUUUGAAUCGCAGCACACCAGUCGGUUGGACAGCCGAGCGAGUGCACGAGUAUUUUGUUUGGGCGUGGGAAGUGGUCAAGGGUCUGCGUGGCACCAAUCCUGUUCUUGAAGAGAAGCUGAUGGAGUUAUUUAUAGAGAGGAAUGUGCAAUGCUGAUAACACUCCUAAUAUGAA